CAAAACCGGAAAGAGGAGCAGAGCAGGUGAACUAUAUUUUGAAGAAUUUAAUUCUCAUUUUUGGAAGAGACCUGAAACUCUAUUCGACAUAUUGCAUAAUGCAAACACAUCUACCAGAAGAUGUCGCCGUAACCGUACCCCACCACCAACUUACGAAGUGCCAUCAAUUCUAAGUACGAGUCACCGUGAAUCCACCACCAAUCAAAGGAAUCGAUCUGCAUCACCCACCCGAAGAGUUCCUAGUAGAAGGGAUGAGAAUAAUAAUCGAGAUAAUGUAAAUGGUGUGUGUGGAGAUUCAGAUAAUAACACGAAUUAUGCGGGUGGAAAUUUAA